AAUAAACAUACGGGCUGUUUUUGUUUUAUAAAUGAAGCUGUGAAUCUACAAACACAUUUAUAUUCAGUGUGAAGUCUUUUUGAAUCGAGUGUUGUGUCUGUAAAUAAAUACAGUUAAAUUAAAUUAAAUACGUUUUAAUUCUAUGUCUAUAAACACAGUUAUAUUCAGUGUGUUAUUUUCUGAAUGGACCUCUGAGUCUAUAAAUACUAAAAGCGGUGUUUUUUUGAAUGGACCUCUGUGGGAACUCUUCCGUCAUGACGGAGCGGAACCAAAGUUCCCGUCCGUAGUUCCUAUGGGGACAGGGUCGCGGUGGCACACGGGAAGCUUGAGAUGGCGGUCGACACUCGGACCGUGUAGGAUUGUUUCUGAUCCGCCGUGUUGGUGAACUUUCUGCCUUACCUGCUCCCUGCGUCCGCCCCGAGUUAUGGAAGGGGGGAAACCGAGCCUGGCGCUGGUCUACCAGGCGGUCCAGGCCCUCUACCACGACCCGGACCCGGCCGGGAAGGAGCGAGCCUCGGUGUGGCUCGGGGAGCUCCAGAGAUCGAUGUACGCGUGGGAGAUCUCCGACCAGCUGCUGCAGCUCAAGCAGGACGUGGAGUCGUGCUACUUCGCUGCUCAGACCAUGAAGAUGAAGAUCCAGACGUCCUUCUACGAGCUUCCUCCAGAGACCCACAAUGCACUGCGAGACUCUCUGCUCACCCACAUCCAGAACCUCAAAGACCUGUCGCCCAUCAUCGUCACACAGCUGGCUCUGGCCAUCGCUGAUCUCGCCCUGCAGAUGGCCUCCUGGAAGGGAUGCGUUCACACGCUCAUAGAAAAGUACAACAACGACAUCAGCUCCAUGCCCUUCCUCAUAGAGAUCCUCACCGUGCUGCCGGAGGAGGUCCACAGCCGGUCUCUACGGAUCGGAGCCAACCGCCGGACGGAGAUCAUCGAGGAUCUGGCGUUUUACUCCAGCACGGUGGUCACGCUGCUGACGACGUGUGUGGAGAAGACGGGUAACGAUGAGAAGAUGCUCAUCAAGGUGUUUCGGUGUUUGGGCAGCUGGUUCAACCUGGGAGUCCUGGACAGCAACUUCAUGGCCAGUAACCAGCUGCUCAUGGUCCUCUUCCAAGUCCUGCAGAGGGACGAGACCUCGACCAACCUGCACGAGGCGGCGUCGGACUGCGUGUGCUCGGCGCUCUACGCCAUAGAGAACGUGGACACCAACAUGGCGUUGGCGCUGCAGCUGUUCCAGGGCGUGCUGACGCUGGAGACGGCCUACCACAUGGCCGUGGCCCGAGAAGACCUGGACAAAGUGCUGAACUACUGCCGGAUCUUCACCGAGCUCUGCGAGACCUUCCUGGAGACGACGGUCAGGACUCCGGGCCAGGGGAUGGGAGACCUGAGGACACUGGAGCUGCUGCUGAUCUGUGCAGGACACCCGCAGUACGAGGUCGUGGAGAUUUCCUUCAACUUCUGGUAUCGUCUCGGAGAGCAUCUGUACAAAAUCAACAACGCGGCGCUCCACAACAUCUUCAGACCGUACAUCCAGAGACUGCUGCACUGUUUGGCCCGACACUGUCAGCUCGACCCGGACCACGAGGGAAUCCCAGAGGACACCGACGACUUCGGGGAGUUCAGGAUGAGGGUCUCGGACCUCGUUAAGGACGUCAUAUUUCUUGUUGGGUCCAUGGAGUGUUUCUCUCAGUUGUAUUCUACGUUAAAAGAAGGAAACCCGCCGUGGGAAGUGACGGAGGCCGUCCUCUUCAUCAUGGCCGCCAUCGCCAAAAGUGUCGACCCAGAGAACAACCCGACGCUGUCAGAGGUGCUGCAGCAGGUGGUUCUGCUGCCGGAAACCGUCCACAUGGCGGUCCGGUACACGAGCAUCGAGCUGGUCGGAGAGAUGAGCGAAGUCGUGGACAGAAACCCAAGAUUCCUGGACCCGGUGCUCAACUACCUGAUGAAAGGCCUGCGAGAGAAACCUCUGGCGUCGGCGGCAGCGAAGGCAAUCCACAACAUCUGCUCGGUGUGCAGGGAUCACAUGGCUCAGCACUUCCAGGGUCUGCUGGACAUCGCUCGCUCACUCGACUCCUUCGCCUUGUCGACAGAGGCUGCCGUGGGACUGCUGAAAGGUACAGCUCUGGUCCUGGCCCGGCUUCCUCUGGAGAAGAUCGCGGAGUGUCUCAGUGAUCUGUGUGCUGUUCAGGUCAUGGCUCUGAAAAAGCUUCUGGCUGAAGACUCUACAAACGGUAAAUCAGCUGAUCCCACCGUGUGGCUGGACAGGCUGGCCGUUAUCUUCAGACACACAAACCCCAUCGUGGAGAACGGACAGACUCACCCCUGUCAGAAGGUCAUCCAGGAGAUCUGGCCGGUGCUGUCAGAGACUCUGAACACUCACCAGGCCGACAACAGGAUCGUGGAGCGAUGCUGCCGCUGUCUCAGGUUCGCUGUGCGAUGUGUCGGGAAAGGCUCCGCCUCCUUGCUGCAGCCGCUUGUCACUCAGAUGGUGAGUGUGUACCAGGUGUACCCACACUCCUGCUUCCUGUACCUGGGCAGCAUCCUGGUGGACGAGUACGGCAUGGAGGAGGGCUGCAGGCAGGGACUGCUGGACAUGUUACAGGAGGAACUCCACAGAACAAACCACAUCCUGGAUCCUGACGAACGCGUCCAGUUCAUCCUGAAGGUGGCGCUGCAGGAGGUCAGCAGCAGCAUUUAA